AUUUGCCCCAAAUAUGUUUUAGGGUUCAUUUUCCCUCCCGUAUGAUUCAAGAGUCCCACCUCCCAUCUCCCACCUUUUCAUUCUGUCGUAGAUGGAUCCAAUCCCAACGCCGACCUCCUUCCAUCUCGGAUACGAUUCAGCAUCCACCAUCGUUCCUUCUCACCGCCACCGCUCCACCAAACUCGGCUUGCGCUGUAAACAAUCACUGGUCCACCUCGUUCACCCAUGUCAUUGUUGAGAAUCGAUUUGAUAUCCAGUUUGUGUUAACAGAGCAUAUGAUUGAAGGGUUUCGUCUCUAUCUUCAUUUAUCCCGAUUUCUCCUCUGCUCUUUCACUACCAAGUAACAACGACGUCGACCGGCUCUCUUCGCCAUUGACAUCGUCGCUACAUCCAAGACAGUUACGUCGUCACCUCCAUCCAAAGCACCGACGCCGCCUGCCUCAUUAUCCCCUCCAACGACCGAGAACCCUAGCACUAACCAAUGUUUACAGCCACCCACUAGCCUCAAACUCUAUCACUCCAUCAUCAGCUGUUUGAUUGAUUUCCAGGUUCGUGUGAUUCUUUUUUCUAUGGUUUUCCUUAGAUUUUAUGGAAUAACUCACUCCUGGUGUAGAAUUUGGUUUUCUGGUGUUCGAUUGAAAAUAAAAAAAGAGUAAAUUUUGUUCACUGCUUUUGGAAGAAAUGUAUGUGUGUGUUAGGAUUUGAUGAAGACUAACCACUUUUGUUUAUUAGCUUGGUUUAUUAUUGGGUUUCUUCGGUUACUUGCAAUUGUUGGAUCUAUUAUAUCUGGAAGGCUGUUCCUAGAGCGAAUCUACCAUCAUGGAACUAGACUUGAUUAUUGCAAUAAUGGUUUCUUGGAGCUCUCAACCAACUAACCAAAUAAUUAUCAUGCAGGAACACUUGGCGGCCUUUGAUUCAAAACUCAAAUUGAAGAACAAUUGUCGGGGUUUAUCGGUUAAGCUUAACUUGGUAAUUUACCAAGUAAUCCCCCAAAUAAUUCUCAGUUUUAUGUUUUUAAGCACUUAGUUAAACAUUUAUAGUUGACACUUUUAAUGUGUAUUGUUAGA